AAAUCAAGUUAUUCUCAACUAGCAAACAGAUAUCUUUCCUUUCCUCUCCCGAGUUAUUGAGAGGCUAAGCGGUAGAUUGAUGGACUUGAAUUAGUCAGGACGAUGCCUCAACUGAACUUGGACUACGAUCAUUUCACUUUAUCAGCAAUGUUACGGGCAUGUGCAGGGUUAUCUGCAAUUGAAUUGGGCAGGCAAGUUCAUGCAUAUCUGAUUCGAAAAGUUUAUGAUGUGGGGAGUGAUGUGUUUUUGCAGAGUACAUUGAGUGAAAUGUAUGGCAAAUGUGGCCUGGUGGCGAAGGUUUUUCAAGUUUUCAGUUUGUUGGGGCUAAGUUUUGAAGGACAGAAGAAGAGGGAUGUUGUUUUGUGGAGUUCCAUGCUUGGUGUGUACGGUAGAAAUGGGUACUUUGAAGAAGUGAUUUUGUUGUACAAAGAGAUGCUGAAGGAGAAAAUUAAACCAGAUGAGGUGGCUUUUGUGACAGUCAUCUCAGCUUGUAGUCAUACGGGUCAGGUGAAACUAGGGAUUGAAUAUUUUGAGUCCAUGACUCGUGGCUAUAAGUUGGUUCCUGGACCAGAGCACUAUAGUUGUCUGGUUGAUUUGCUUCGUAGGACUGGCAAGUUGGAUAAAGCAUGGGAGGUGGUAAAUGAGAUGCUUCAAAAAGGGCAUGACAAUGGUAGUAUUUCCAUGUGGUGUACUUUGCUUAGUGCUUGUGUGGAUCUUGGUAACAUUGAGUUGGGUAAAUUUGCUGCUCAGAAAGCACUUGAACUGGAUCCUCAGAAUGCAGGUAUUUAUGUUUUGUUAUCCAACUUGUAUGCUAAGUUUGGAAGGUGGGAUGAGUUUGGUCAGUUAAGAGAGAUGAUGAAACAUGGAGGGUUAAAGAAAGAUGCUGGAUGUAGUUGGAUAGAGAAGAAGCUCAGAGAUGCUGAAAUAAGCCUCCCUAUUGUGUAUGGUAAUGCUGCUUUCUGGCUUUGGGAAAAAGGCGAGUGGCAGUCUCGUAAAUGGAAGGUAUAUUUUCAUGGGGCGAGAAACAAGGAUCUUGAUGUGGUGAUAAAACUUGCUGUUUUCAGUUGCAUUCAAGUUUCAAUAACCCCACGAGAGUUAUGGAGUCCGAACCAUUUGAAUUAUGGAAUCAGGAUGGGGUGAAUUUGAGAUUGCCAUUACACUAUUUUGUAUUUUCAAAGUGAUGUUGUGACAAGCCAUUGAAUUCGUGAGUUAUUUUGUCCUGGUUUUUAGUGCUGAUUUGUUUGGCCUGUUAAAGAGAUAGCACAAGUUUGAUGUUGGGCAGCCAAUUUUGUAUUAGGACAUUGUUUUAUUCCAAGUUUAUCAUGGUUUAGACAAAAUAAAGAAAAAUUUAUUGA